AUGGGCACCCUAACGUCGUCCGCCUCUUCGAUCGCACCCUCCAGCUUCCCGCUAGCGAAGACGAAACUGCGAGGCCCCAGCUAUGAGGAGGAAACGACAGAGACCCGCUCGAUGACGGACCGUAGCGGCAGCCGGACGGAUGUCAGCGGCCGAUCGGCGGCGCUGGAGCGGGCGUACGUGCACGAUGUCUACGAGAACUGCGAGGAACCGAACGGGCAGAUCCGCCCGAGGGUGGCCCAGUUCCUGACCGGGCUCGAGCCGGGCUCGCUGGUCUGCGACGUGGGCUGCGGCAACGGCCGCUACCUGUCCGGCCUGAACCCGCUGAUCUACACGAUCGGCGUCGACCGGUGCUACCGGCUGACGCAGGUGGCCCACGGCAAGGAUGGCGAAGUAGCUAUAUGUGAUAACCUGGACCUGCCGUUCCGGGACGAGUCGUUCGACGCGGUCCUGUCGCUGGCGGUGGUCCACCAUUUCGCCACGGCCGAGCGGCGGGUCGGCGCGAUCCGUGAGCUGGCGCGCAUCCUGCGGAUAGGGGGCCGCGUCAUCAUCACGGUGUGGGCGCUGGAGCAGCGGCACCGGCGGUUCGAGUCGCAGGAUGUGCUGGUGCCGUGGCAGCCGCCCCGCUCGAGGGCGGCCGGCGCCUCGGACGAGGAGGACGACGACGACUUUCUGCCGCCGUACCACGCGUACACGGAGGACUCGACUAACUCGAGCCGAUCGGCCGGGGACGGCGACAGCUCCAGCCUUUCGUCCUCGUCGCCCGGUGAAACGUGCUACAGUUUCGUGCGUCGCGCGAUACAGAAGCUGGCGGGGAGCAAGCGAAGCCCGUGGUUCAUGGAGUCGUGGAGCUCGCGGGAAACCAAGCACGACAGCAGCCUGGACUACGAGGACGCCCGCGAUCUGCCGAUCGAGCUCCGGCGGCUGGAGGACUUCGACGACCUGCCGACGGAGCCGCCACUGUCCGCUGGCCUCAAGAGCCGGAGCCUAGGUAGUAUACUAAAUCCACCAGCCAAAACCAUAGUUAGAUCACGUUCAAGUGUACCAAGUUUAGGUGCUCAAAUGCCCGAGUCGAAGGCGGCCCCCGCCACUGAGCCGCCCGCCGGCGUGUCCCGCCGGCCGAAGCUAGUGAAACAGAAACAGUCGCUGUGCGACGACGUAGACUAUAAGUUUUCCGAAGCGUCCCAGGCCGGCUACCGGGAGCACGCGUUGCUGCGCAACGAGUCGCGCGCCCAGCUCCUGCGCAAGCAGAGCUCGCUCAACGAGGAGCUGAUGGCGGAGAGCCGGCUGCGCGAGAAGGACCGCGUCCGGAAGCGCAUCCAGAAGCAGAUCUCGCUGAACGAGACGUUUCUGUGCCGGUCGCUCUUCACCAAGCGCCUGCAGGUGAUCAAGGAGGGCUUCGCGACGAAGCUGAAAACCUCCACCGGCAGCCUGGAGCGGGUGACGAAGAACGGGUUUGUCAAGAUCAUACAGAACAUUAAGGCGGCCAGCCCGGCCGCCUACCAUCCCAGCCCCAGCCCCGGCACGCCCGGUGGCCACCAUCACCAUCAUCACCCCGGUCACCACUACCAUCAUCAGCACCACCACCACCACCAGCAGCACCAUCUCGCGCCCAGCUAUCCGCACAACACGCAAGGAGGGCCCCCUGGCGGGCGACCGGCGUACUGCUACGAUCCCAGCGGCUGUUGUGGGCCCACCUGCUGUGCCCACCCAGAGUACUCGGGGAGCUCCGGUCACGUCGGAAGCUGCCGGUUCGCGGGCUGCUCGUCCGGGUAUCGGUUGUCCCGGAACAACUCGGCCAGCGGUAGUGGCCCCGGUGGUAACGGUGCCGACGGUACAGGCGGCAGUGGCGGCGGCGGCUGCAGCGGCGGUGGCGGCAGCGGCGCCGGCUCUGCCACCCACGGGCACGAUAAGCUCCUGGCGGCGGGGAUGGGCAGCAGCCAGGACGACGCGUCCAAGCCGCGGCGUCACUCGCGUGAAAGUGGUUCCGACAGUUUUCGUUCUACUUUCAUUAAACGGCAACGUUUUGCGGAUUCCUCCAAAGAUAGCAGUCUGCAAAGUGAUACCAGUAUUGAGUCGGAGGACAGUUUUGCAUCUGUGAUCUAUAUUCCUAAGCCAGACCAACAGCAACCCCAGCAACAGCAACCAUCACAACCACAUCAACAGCAGCAGCAAGUGCCACCGAACGGAGUGUGUAGUGUCGUCGGUGGUGGACCCAAUGGAACCGGAGCGUGUAGCGGCGGCCCGUCCAUGUGCGUGCCCGAUCUGUACAGCCCGGGAGCGGUAGGAGCAGCAGGAGCAGGAGCAAUGAGUCGCAUGCCUUCCACAUCAGUGCCAACGUCUCCCCUAGUGAUGCCGUGCCCGACGCCAGCGCAUUCGCCGGCACCACCACGAACGAAGCCUGGCCCCGGGGCGACACCGAACGGAGGGUACGGCAGUGGCGAAAGUGGCGGCAACGCGCCAGACUGCGAUCAAAGGUUCACGUUCGAAGAGACGGCCGUCCUACCGUGGCAGCUGGAGCAGCAGCAGCAGCAGCAGCAACUGACGCACCCGAAAGAACCAACCAGCGACCCGGAUCGUGAAGCAUUUGCUCCGAUCGUAACAACCACUACCGCAGCCACCACGUUAGCGUGUGCUGACAGCAGCGCGGUGACCCAGACCAACACAUCAGCUCCCGCACCGGGCCGGGCAGGCAAAAGCACGUCGGACGGUAGAUCGCACAGUUCACCGCAAAAGUCGUCCGCACCGCAGAAGAUCACACGCCAGCAGAUCAAGGACCUGCCGCCGAUACCGAAGUUUCGGCGCAGCGGCAACUACCCGAUAUUGCGCCGGCAAACGUCGGCGGCGGCCGGCACCAGUUCCACGGUUCCGGUGCCCGUGCCAAAGCUACUAUCGCUCGAGCUGUUUAACCCGGAAACGGACGAUCUGGACAGUGACUCGAGCGAACCGUCAUCGCCGGACUCGAUAGACAGUGUGAUCAGUGCACUGCGGCCUACCCUCUCGCCACAGCCUGCCGCAGCCUUCCACCGGGACCCAACCGGACCACCGGACCCGGUGACGGUGGCUACCGGUUCCCUGAUUCCGCCGCUAGUCGAAGCGGCCGCCGUGGUGGCGCACAAACUGGAAGACGUCGUUGACAUGGUGAUGCCGGCGCGCGACGGUAUCGACGGGAAGCCUACGCGGUUCAACGGUCUGCUCGAUAAAACCUCCUCGACGACGCUGGUCGACCUGGGGCCGGCCCAUACCGGAGAAACGCUGUCACCCUCGCGGCAACAUCUGGUCGACUUUGCCGAAAAGCUGAGCGCCCAGCUCCUGAAGGAGCUGGAGAAUGAAAAGCGGCGGAACGAAAGCUUCGACGACGACAACGACGACGUGUUCGGGACGGAUUCGGGGCGGCCACCAGCAGGCGAGUCCCAGGCGCUGAUGAUGGACCCCUACCUGAAGAAGCUGAACGGUGAUCUGCGCGAUCUGAGCCAGCUGCGGGCGGAACUGCGCGAACGGCGCCUGAUGCUGGCGAACCUCAGCAAUCUGGGCUCGGGCAGUAGCUCCAGCUUGAGCGGUCAGUUCGGUGGCAGCAACGACUCGCUCGGUCCCAGCUACAGCUCGUCCAUGGCCCCGAUCAUACAGGAAGAGGGUGACGACGACGACGAGGAGGAGGAACUUGACGAGUUUGACGAUCGGCGAUUCGGUGCGGCGAGUGACGGAACGACGCAGCCGGCCACGUCAUCCACUAGUGGGACCGGCCCGAUUGCGAAAGGGGUGGUACCGAGCGGGAAGUGCGGCAAAAGCCUCGGUGGCAAAAUUGUGGACGACUUCGUCAUCAUCCCGGAGGUGGACGAAGACGAUCCGGAACUGUCGAACGACACCGCGCUGCUGAUACAGGACGAGGACAGCUCCGAGGAGCAUCCGCCGAACGGUGGGCCGUUCAACGCGGACGACCAACGUCCGAGCCUGACGUCCGGGUUCGGUAACGGUACGGCCAGCACCGUCCUAGACGGGCACAAGGGGCGACGCAGCAAGGUGCUCGGCUUCGCCGGAGCCCAACUCGGGGUGCACGGACACCUGACCGGCGGCGACUAUCAACUCGGCAGCAGCAGCGGAAGCAGUAGCUGUAGCGCGAAGGAUACGAGCGAGAGGCAUAACGCCCGCCCGCUCGGUGGUGGUCCGUGCCUGACCGGCACGACGAUCGUCGUGCCGCCCGGAAGUGGUCCAUCGGCGCCGUGUGAACGGAAGCCCCUGUCGGCGACGAAAAAGUCUUCGGUCCCGUCGUUCGAAUCGCACACCAGCGUCGACUCGUGGGCCCACUCGACCAGCACGGCUUCGCUGGACAGUCCGUCGGUCGGCGGUUCCGCCACACACCACCGGUACUACCACGUGUUCCGCGAGGGUGAGCUGGACGCGCUGAUCAACCAUCACGUCACGAGCCUGCACAUCGUAUCCUCGUACUACGAGCGUGCGUCCUGGUGCGUGGUGGCCGAAAAGGUGCACGUGUGGACCAUUUAG